AUGUCCCUGCGGGAGCAGCGGUCCUUCACCCUCAUCGUGGAGGCCUGGGACUGGGACAACACCACCAGCCCAGAUGAGGAGCUGCUGAUUGAGCGGGUGUGGCACGCCGGUAUGAUCAACCCGGAGGAUCGCUGGAAGAGCCUGCACUUCAGCGGGCACGUGGCCCACCUGGAGCUGCAGAUCCGCGUGCGCUGCGAUGAGAACUACUACAGCACCACCUGCAACAAGUUCUGCAGGCCGCGCAAUGACUUCGUUGGCCACUACACCUGCGACCAGUACGGCAACAAGGCCUGCUUGGACGGCUGGAUGGGCAAAGAGUGCAAGGAAGCCGUGUGCAAGCAAGGUUGCAACCUGCUCCACGGGGGAUGCAAGGAGCCCGGGGAGUGCAGGUGCAACUACGGCUGGCAGGGCAAGUUCUGUGACGAGUGCUUGUCCUACCCUGGCUGUGUGCAUGGCAGCUGCGUGGAGCCCUGGCAGUGCACCUGCGACACCAACUGGGGUGGCCUGCUCUGCGACAAAGAUCUCAACUACUGCGGGAACCACCGUCCCUGCAUCAACGGCGGCACAUGCAUCAAUGCGGAGCCCGACCAAUACCUCUGCGCAUGCCCAGACGGCUACUCUGGCAAGAACUGCGAGCGGGCUGAGCACGCCUGCGCCUCCAACCCCUGUGCCAACGGGGGCGCUUGCCACGAGGUGUCUUCCGGCUUCGAGUGCCAUUGCCCCUCGGGCUGGAGUGGGCCCACCUGCGCCCUUGACAUUGAUGAGUGUGCGUCGAACCCGUGUGCAGCGGGAGGGACCUGUGUGGACCAGGUGGAUGGCUUCGAGUGCAUCUGUCCCGAGCAGUGGGUGGGGUCCACGUGUCAGCUGGACGCCAAUGAAUGUGAAGGGAAGCCGUGCCUUAACGCUUUUUCUUGCAAAAACCUGAUUGGUGGCUAUUACUGUGAUUGCCUCCCGGGCUGGAAGGGCACCAACUGCCACAUCAACAUCAACGACUGUCGAGGGCAGUGUCAGCAUGGCGGAACCUGCAAGGACCUGGUCAGCGGGUACCAGUGUGUGUGCCCUCGAGGCUUCAGCGGCCGGCACUGCGAGCUGGAGUGGGACGAAUGUGCCAGUGGCCCAUGCCGGGGCGGUGGCCUCUGCCAGGACCUCGUGGACGGCUUCCGCUGCCAUUGCCCCAAGGGUCUGUCUGGGCCCCUCUGUGAGGUGGGUGUGGACCUGUGUGACCCCAGCCCCUGUCAGAGCGGAGCCCGCUGUUACACCCUGGAGGGCGACUAUUACUGCGCAUGCCCUGACGACUUUGGCGGCAAAAACUGCUCUGUGCCUAGGGAGCCGUGCCCUGGCGGGGCCUGCCAAGUGAUUGAUGGCUGUGGCCUCGAAGCGGGUCCCCGGGUGCCUGGUGCUGUGCCCAGUGGCGUGUGUGGCCCUCACGGGCACUGCAUCAGCCAGCCAGGUGGCAACUUCUCCUGCGUGUGCGACAGUGGCUUCACCGGUGCUUAUUGCCAUGAGAACAUUGAUGACUGCCUGGGCCAGCCAUGCCACAACGGGGGCACCUGCAUUGACGAGGUGGACGCCUUCCGGUGCUUCUGCCCCAGCGGCUGGGAGGGCGAGUUCUGUGACAUCAACCUAGACGACUGCUCCCCCGACCCCUGCCACAGCCGUGGCCGCUGCUUCGAUCUGGUCAACGACUUCCACUGUGCCUGCGACGGCGGCUGGAAGGGCAAGAGCUGCCACUCUCGGGAGUUCCAGUGUGACCUCUACACCUGCAGCAACGGAGGCACCUGCUACGACAGUGGGGAUACCUUCCGCUGUGACUGCCUCCCGGGCUGGAAGGGCAGCACCUGCACCAUCGCUGAGAACAGCAGCUGUCUGCCCAACCCCUGCAUGAACGGUGGCACCUGUGUGGGCAGCGGGGACUCCUUCUCCUGCAUUUGCCGGGACGGCUGGGAGGGCCGAACCUGCACCCACAACACCAACGACUGCAACCCACUGCCCUGCUACAAUGGCGGUGUCUGCGUCGACGGCAUUAACUGGUUCCGCUGCGAGUGUGCGCCUGGCUUCGCUGGCCCUGACUGCCGCAUCAACAUCGACGACUGUCAGUCCUCACCCUGCGCCUAUGGGGCCACGUGCGUGGAUGAGAUCAAUGGCUACCGCUGCAGCUGCCCACCUGGUCGGGAUGGCCCACGGUGCCAGGAAGUAAUCGGGUUCGGGCGGUCCUGCUGGUCUCGGGGUACCCCCUUCCCCCACGGGAGCUCCUGGCUGGAGGACUGUAACAGCUGUCACUGCCUGGAUGGCCAUCGGGACUGCAGCAAGGUAUGGUGCGGGUGGAAGCCCUGCCUGCUGACCAGUCAGCCUGAUGUCCUGAGUGCCCAGUGCCCGCUAGGGCAGAGAUGCCAGGAGAAGGCGCCAGGCCAGUGCCUGCAGCCACCCUGUGCGGCCUGGGGGGAGUGCGGCCCCGAGGAGCCCCUCCCACCCAGCACACUCUGCCUGCCACACUCCGGCCACCUGGACAGCAACUGUGCCCGCCUCACACUGCACUUCAACCGAGACCAAGUGCCCCCGGGCACCACUGUGGGCGCCAUCUGUGCUGGGAUCCGCACCCUGCCAGCCACCAGGACUGUGGCCCACGACCGCCUGCUGCUGCUGCUCUGUGCCCGGGCGCCCUCAGGGCCCAGUGCUGUGGAGGUAGCUGUGUCCUUCAGCCCUGCUCAGGACGCAGGGGACAGCAGCUUGGUCCAGAGCGCCGCCCACGCCAUCGUGGCCGCCAUUACGCACCGGGGGAACAGCUCCCUGCUGCUGGCCGUCACUGAGGUCAAAGUGGAGACGGCCAUGCUGGGUGGGGCCACCACAGGCCUGCUGGUGCCCGCGCUGUGCAGCGCGUUCGUUGUGCUCUGGCUGGCCUGCAUCGCCGUGUGCGUCUGGUGGACGCGCAAGCGCAGGAAAGCGCGCGAGCGGAGCCGGCUGCCGCGGGAGGAGAGCGCCAACAACCAGUGGGCCCCGCUCAACCCCAUCCGCAACCCCAUCGAGCGGCCGGCCGGAGGGGCCAAGGACGCGCUCUACCCCUGCAAGAACUUCACGCCGCCGCCGCGCAGGGCGGCAGAGACGCUGCCCGGGCCGGCGGGCCGCGCGGGCAGCGAGGACGAGGAGGACGACGAGCUGGGCCGGCCUGAGGAGGACUCCCUGGAGGUGGACAAGUUCCUCACCCCCAAACGCACCAAAGACCCGGGCUGCGCGCCGGGACGGCCAGCCCACUGGGCCUCGGGCCCCAAAGUGGACAACCGGGUGGUCUGGAGCGCCAAGCACACCCUGGACGCUGCCAAGGAGUAGGCGUGGCCCCGCGCGGGGGGCAGCGGGGCUCACAGUGUCUUUAUUUUGUGUAAAAAAAAGAAAAAGGCAAAAAACAAAUGUUUAUUUUCUAUGUUUCUCUAACCUUGUAUAAAUUAUUGGUGAGGGUCCGGCAGUGGCAAGCAGCGGCGUGUCCCUGGAGAGUGGCUGUUUUUGUAAGGUCACCCUGCGUGGCCCCCUCCGGGUGGCCAAGUGGGGGGUCUGUGUUCUCACCAAAUCCCGUGUUUGCUACCAGAUAUUGGACACUGUUUACAGAACCUUUCUUUUGAUUCCUCGCUCGGGCACCUUAGAGGCUGGGGCCUGUGGCUGUCAGCUGGACAUGUGGUGGUCAGUGUGGCUGGUGGCAGUCAGCAUGUUCCAUGGUUGCCUGCGGGGUACUUGGGUGCCGCCGGGACCCAUGGCUGUCGCCUCUGUUGAAGUGGUCUGUGGCCGUUCCCUGGCCGGUGCCCUGCUGUCCCGUGUCCGCUGCAGCUCCCCACGGCCCCAGAGGCCUCCACUGUGCUUUCAAAGUGACCUUCCCGUGGCUCCGCCCCGCGGGGCUCCUGACAAGUGCCUUCACUCUGACCCGUCCCCUGCGACCUCAGCACCUGGCCGCCUCCUGCCUCGCCCCCGGCCCUGCCGCCCCUCGUGAAAGUGCAUUUUUGUAAAUAUGUACAUAUUAAAUGAAUCACUCUGUAUAUUUGAUUUAAUAACUUAAAGGUUUUGGCUUCCCUCGUUCCUUGAA